GCGGAAGUGGCCGGCUGGAGCCGGGGGUUGGGCGGGGACCGGGCUUGUCGGUAAGGCGGCAGCGGCGGCGGCGGCGGCUCGGCAGGCGGGUUCAGGCUUCGGGGGCCAGCCGCCGCCAUGAUCCUGCUGGAGGUGAACAACCGCAUCAUCGAGGAGACGCUCGCGCUCAAGUUCGAGAACGCGGCCGCCGGUAACAAACCAGAAGCAGUAGAAGUAACAUUUGCAGAUUUCGAUGGAGUCCUCUAUCAUAUUUCAAAUCCUAAUGGAGACAAAACAAAAGUGAUGGUCAGUAUUUCUUUGAAAUUCUACAAGGAACUUCAGGCACAUGGUGCUGAUGAGUUACUAAAGAGGGUGUAUGGGAGCUUCUUGGUAAAUCCCGAAUCAGGAUACAAUGUCUCCUUGCUAUAUGACCUUGAAAACCUGCCUGCAUCCAAGGAUUCUAUUGUGCAUCAGGCUGGCAUGUUGAAACGAAAUUGUUUUGCCUCUGUCUUUGAGAAAUACUUCCAAUUCCAAGAAGAGGGCAAGGAAGGAGAGAACAGGGCAGUUAUCCAUUAUAGAGAUGAUGAGACCAUGUAUGUUGAGUCUAAAAAGGACAGAGUCACAGUAGUCUUCAGCACAGUGUUUAAGGAUGACGACGACGUGGUCAUUGGAAAAGUGUUCAUGCAGGAGUUUAAAGAAGGACGCAGAGCCAGCCACACAGCCCCACAGGUCCUCUUUAGCCACAGGGAACCGCCUCUGGAGCUGAAGGACACCGAUGCUGCCGUGGGCGACAAUAUUGGCUAUAUUACCUUCGUGCUCUUCCCUCGCCACACCAAUGCCAGCGCUCGAGACAACACCAUCAACCUGAUCCACACGUUCCGGGACUACCUGCACUACCACAUCAAGUGCUCCAAGGCCUAUAUUCACACACGUAUGCGGGCAAAAACAUCCGACUUCCUCAAGGUGCUGAACCGUGCACGCCCGGAUGCCGAGAAAAAAGAAAUGAAAACAAUCACGGGGAAGACGUUUUCAUCCCGCUAACUCUUGGGAACAGGAAGAGGCGGCAGCUGGCAGCUGAAGGCUGGAACACUUGCUACUGGAUAAUCGUAGCUUUUAACGUUGCACCUCUUCAGGUUCUUGAGAGAUUCUCCGUUUGGUUCCAUUUUGUACACGUUUGGAAAAUAAUCUGCAAAAACGAGCUGUGCUUGCAAGGACUUCAUAGUUCUCAAGAAUUAAAGAAAAAAACAGAAUUCCACUUGA